AUGGAUAUCAAAUCGUUCUUGAACACCUGGUGCCAAAAGAUUGGUGUCGAACCGUCGUACGAGGUGCGCCCGACCGGACCUAAGCACCGGCAACGUUUUCUCUGCGAGGUGCGCGUGUCGGGUGUCGAUUAUGUCGGUGCCGGUAACUCUACGAACAAGAAAGACUCCGAGAAAAAUGCAUCUCGCGAUUUCGUCAACUAUCUCGUGCGAUUGGGGAAAGUCCCAGAGUCUACGGUGCCGCAAGAUACGACCGGUCAAUCCUCUGGCAACAGCAACAAUGCCCCAGGUGACCAGGACGGUUCAUCGACAUCGAAGGAGCGAUCGGGAACGACAAACAUCUUCAUGAAGGGAUUCGUUCCGCAGGACCUUGGCCAGGCGUAUCGACCAUACAUUCCCUCGAAGGAGGAUAUUAAGCGCGAGCAAGAUAACAUGGAAGCGGCUGAGUCGCUGGAUGUUAAUGCAUCUAUUCAUGGCAAUUGGACGAUUGAAAAUGCGAAAUCCAAACUAAAUCAAUGGUUGCAGCAUCACAAAAUAAAGGCCGAAUUUAAGUACACAGCAAUUGGACCGGAACACGCCAAAAGUUUUAUAGCUGAAAUGACCGUUUACGCCAAGCAGCUUAACCGUUCAAUCACGGGCCGGGAGUCCGGUUCGAAUAAGCAAUCGGCGAGUAAGUCCUGUGCUCUGUCACUCAUACGGCAGCUGUAUCACUUGGGUGUUAUCGAGGCGUACACCGGGUCGUUGAAGUGCCCUACAACCUCGGAACAAAUGACGGCGUAUCCGGUUUCUAUUUCAAAUGCGCUAGCGCAGCGUAUUCACGAUAUUCUGUUGGACCUCGAAAUUAAACCGAUUAAAGUGGAUAAAACUGCGAAGCUAUUGGAUGCGGUGAACUUGAUGCAUCCCUUAGACGACGUGCACAUUAAGCCGCAGACGACGAAUAUGAUGCAACCGGCCUCGGUAAUAUCGUGGUCACCGCCGCAGCCCAAUUGGAACCCCUGGCUUGGCUGUAACAUCGAUGAGGGCUACCUCUCCACGGCGACACUCGAUCAGUUGAGUGAUGAUUUGCUGGGCGAGUACCGCGGGCGACUCAAGGAAGAUAAGCAAUUGCAGAAUAGUUUCCAGACGCGCGAAAAGCUUCCGAUUGCGGCCAUGCGCAAACAAAUAAUGCAAGCGGUGAACGACAACCCGGUGGUGCUGAUCCGAGGCAAGACAGGCUGCGGCAAGACUACGCAGAUCGCGCAGUUCAUCUUGGAGGAUUACAUAAACUCCGGACAGGGCGCAUACUGCAACGUGUGCGUUACGCAGCCACGUCGGAUUAGCGCCAUUAGUGUGUCGGAGCGCAUCGCAAAUGAGCGUUGCGAGAACCUGGGCGUAUCGGUGGGCUAUUCCGUGCGGUUUGAUUCCGUGUUGCCGCGACCGUUCGGCUCGAUACUGUUCUGCACGAUAGGCGUGUUGCUGCGGAAGCUGGAAGGUGGCCUGCGUGGCGUGUCGCACGUGAUUGUGGACGAAAUUCACGAGCGUGACGUGAACAGCGACUUCAUUUUGGUCGUUUUGCGCGAUAUGGUUCAUACGUACCCGGACCUGCGCGUAAUACUGAUGUCGGCCACCAUCGACACGACGCUUUUCACGAACUACUUCGGUGACUGUCCGGUGUUGGAGGUUCCGGGCCGAACGUUCCCCGUGGAGCAGCUGUAUUUAGAGGACUGCAUCGAGCUGCUUAACUUCAUGCCCGCGCCAACCGAACCGUGUCAGAAUGGUUCACGACGCAAGCGCAACAAAGACGGUGAUGAUGGCGGUGAAGGCGAUGGAGCUGCCGGUGAUGAUAAUCCGGAUAACGUCAACAUGAACAAGGUGAUUGACGAGUCGAAGUACUCUGCCCAGACGAAGCAAGCCAUGGGUAUGUUGCUCGAGUCGGACACACCGUUCGAGCUGAUUGAUGCGCUGAUCGAGUACAUCGAUCGAGAGGGCCGGCCAGGGGCUGUGCUCGUAUUUCUUGCCGGCUGGAACAUGAUCUUUGCGCUCAUGCGGCAUCUGCAAACGCGCUCAAACUUGAUUGUAUUGCCACUGCACUCGCAGUUACCGCGAGAGGACCAGCGCAAAGUGUUCGACCAUUACGGACAGCGCCGGAAGGUGAUUUUGUCGACCAACAUUGCUGAGACGUCUAUUACGAUCGAUGAUAUCGUAUACGUUAUCGAUACUUGCAAGGCGCGCAUGAAGUUGUUUACCUCGCACAAUAACAUGACGAAUUACGCUACCGUGUGGGCUGCCCGUACGAAUCUGGAACAGCGUAAAGGACGUGCCGGUCGUGUUAGUCCCGGAAUGUGCUUCACUUUGUGCUCCCGGGCGCGCUUUGCGAGGCUCGAGGAGAACCUCACACCGGAGAUGUUCCGCACGCCGUUGCAUGAGCUCGCUCUCAGUAUCAAACUAUUGCGGUUGGGUGCCAUUGGUAAGUUCUUAUCGAAAGCGAUUGAACCGCCUCCGCUCGAUGCGGUGAUCGAAGCGGAAGUUCUGCUGAAGGAAAUGCGAUGUCUCGAUGAAAACGAGCAACUUACACCGUUCGGAAGAAUCCUUGCUCGUCUGCCGAUCGAGCCACGCCUCGGAAAGAUGAUGGUUCUGAGCACGCUGUUCGGUCUGUGUGACCCGGUAUCGACCAUGGCCGCUUAUUCUGGGACCUUUUCGGAGAUCUUCUUGCUGGACAUGGGUCAGCGACGGCUGCUGAACCAUCAAAAGGCCCUCAGUGGAGUAACGUGCUCGGAUUACGUGGCCAUGCUGACAGCUUAUCAGAUGUGGGGCAGCAAGAGGGCCAUUAGCGAGGAAGCGGAAAUCCGCUUCUGCGAGUGGAAAGGCCUACAGGUGCCGACUCUACGCACAAUCGCCGAAGCCAAGAAGCAGCUGGUGGAAAACCUUAGCCUCGUUGGGUUCCCGCAGGACACCAUGCUACCAUGCCGGUUUGAUGCCGAGGAUCCCGAUCGGGACCUACAGAUGGCGAUGGCGUUGCUGUGCGUGGGUCUCUACCCGAACGUGUGUCUCCACAAGGAAAAGCGUCGUGUGCUGACGACGGAAUCGAAAGCCGCUCUGAUCCACAAAACGUCGGUCAACUGCAGUAAUAUGCCGACGAGCUACCCUUAUCCGUUCUUCGUGUUCGGGGAGAAAAUACGCACCAAAGCCGUGUCCUGCAAGCAGAUGUCCAUGGUCACGCCAAUCCAUUUGCUGCUCUUUGGCUGCAAGAAAGUCGAAUGGAUCAACGGAUCGGUGCGGAUUGACAACUGGUUGAACCUGGAAAUGGACCCGUGCGAUGCUGCCAUGAUACUUGCGUUGCGGCCCUGUUUGCAAGAUUUGCUGGUGCGCAUCUCGGAAAACCCGGAGGACGUCAGUACGCUUGAGCCAAAGUUCGUGGCGAUGUUGAACGUGGUUAAGGAAUUGUGUACUUUUUCGUCUGGCGAUUAUAAUAUUUCACGACCGCAACGGUCAUCCUUCGACCAGGAGAGACAUAACCAGUCGAAGAUGCCGCGUAUGAGCGAAGGCGGAAAUAUGGGCUACAGUGGUGGUGGUGGAGAUGCGGAUGGGUAUGGAGACAAUCGAUCCUUCCGACCAUCCCAUGGUGGCGGUAUGCAAUUUGGCGGGAACAAUCGUUUCCGAGGUGGCGGCGGUGGGAACAAUUUUAGGUCGGGUUUUAGACCUAACCAGCCGGAAGGCAACCGUAUGCCAGACAACCGCGGAAACUUCCGGUAUUUCAACCAGGGAGGAGACAAUCCCGGUAAUCAGUACAUGGGAGCAGGGCAAGAGAGAAGCCAGUUCGAUGGUCCGAACAUGGGAGGACGUCAAGAGGGCUAUAGAGGACAGUAUGGUAGUGGUGAUGGUAACCGUGGCGGGUAUGGCGGGGGUGGUAAUAAUUUCGGUCGCGGGAUGGGCAGAUGGUGAAUCUUCAGAAAUCUCCAAUAGUACAAAACGAUGAAAUAUUCCCAGCCAGCUGUCUAGGGAUUGACGGUCUAGGCAUUUGAAAUUAUAUAGAAUAAGCACCUGCAUACUAUGUAUGAUGAGUUAUUACGAUUAAAGAAUAUGCCCCUUAAUAAAUGUGUAGUACUUUGAAAGAAAGUUCCUUAUUCAUUCAAACGAGGACUAAAUCUACAGUUAGCUAAAUUUAAACGCACUCGAUUAUCCGGCUUGCGCCUGAAUGUAUGCAAUAUUAAUGUGUGUAAAAUUUCUACGUAUCUGGGAAAAUAAAGUGAAC